GUCAAUUCUCUACAACGAUAUGUGCGUCAAUGACUCUGCCUAGCGCCUCGAUCUUUCUUCCUUCUUUCUGAUUGUUUUACACUCCCUCAGCGCGUACCACGUUGUUGCAAUAGACUAAUCAUGCGACCCCCAUUUAUGAGGCUCUCCCUGGCCGUGCUGACCUGUGUGCUUGUGCCGGUUAGGCAAGCACUACAGAGCCAAAUUGCAAUGUUUUCUAGCCUGCCACCGCCAGAACUCAUCGAAAAAUUGUCGUUAAAUCUUCAUUAUAAUAUUCUUACCGCCAGUCAGCCAUCUACGUCGCCCAAACCUGAGAUUCUGACGUUUGAUAAUACGACACAUAUCUUGGUCUGGAAGUUCACUAAAGAACAACGAGAAUUCUUGAAAACGCACCCAAGUUUUGUUGGUAUUGAAGCAGAUAGCAUUGUUCACAUUGCUCCAUACAAUGGAACGCUGGACACUCCAGACGUCGAAGAGCAGGGUAGCGAUGCACCAAGUCUCGAUGGAUCUCAAAGUGGGGAGACCUUCAAUGCCUUGCUGAAUAGCACUCAGACUGUCACUCAAACGGAUGCUCCAAACUGGGGAUUAGCUCGUAUCAGCCAAAAAUACUUGCCUCUCAGAACUGACUACUCGUAUCCUGAAAGUGCCGGAGAAGGAAUUGUCGCCUAUGUGAUUGAUACUGGAGUCAAUAUCGGACAUACAGACUUCGGUGGAAGAGCUUCAUGGGGAAUCACAACUGUGGACAACAGCGUAGACAUAGACGAUAAUGGACAUGGCACAUUUGUUGCUGGUAUCAUUGGUGGAAAUGCUUAUGGGGUAGCAAAAAAAGUAAAAAUAAUUGCCGUCAAGGCCCUAGACAGGAAUGGCAGCGGGACUGUCAGCGAUAUUUUGUUUGGGCUGCAGUAUGUUAUAAAAACUGCGAAGAAACUUGGAAAUAGCCAUAGGUCAAUUGUCAACCUAUCUCUCGGUACUCAAAAAAGCACAGCUUUGGACCAAGCUGUUACGGCACUUGUCAACGCAGGCAUCGUCAUGGUUGCGGCCGCUGGAAAUGGGGACGAAAGUGGUGUUGGACAAGACGCUUGCGAGUUCAGUCCAGCCAGUGCUCGCACAGCACUGACAGUAGGAUCGACUGAUCGUUUUGAUAACGUUGCAAGUUUUAGUAAUUAUGGGCCCUGUGUCAAUUUGUUUGCCCCAGGAGUUCAGAUCCGCUCAACUUGGGUAGGCUCUGAUACAGCGACGUACGUAUCAAGCGGCACUUCAUUUUCUACUCCAUUUGCUGCAGGUGUCAUGGCUACCUACAUGUCUGAGCGAAUAAGUCAGAACAAAUCUGCCAUGCAGCCUGCAGAUAUCAUUCGUGCUAUUACUGGCAUGGCUACUAGUGGCGCUAUACAUGGUUUGGGCUCAACCAGUCCAAACUUAUUACUCUAUAAUCGAAUUGAUGCUCUCAGUACUCAGCGAUCGGCUGCAACACAGGAAUAUGUGUCGCAAUGGAUGAUAUCUAGCUUGAUAAUAUCAUAUCUAUUUAUGUUAACCCUGUAAAUAAAAUACUCCAUGGUAAUUAUUUUCCUCUUAAUAAACUUUUUGGAAAAAGG